AUGGACGCAGUAGUUACAGAGGAGAGCGUUUCUGGAGCGUCCGUGAGGUUGGGAAGCAAGCGUCCCGCCGAAGAAGCGCUAGCCAGUGACAUCGAUGCCACCGGCACAGUUAACCAAUUACCACCGACUAAAAAGCAGCGAGCAGAAAUUCCCACGCCUUGGACUCUUUCAAAACCCGCAUCACCUCAACCUACAUCCACAGCCCUCCCACCCAUCACCCUCUCGGGAAAAGUCAAUGACCGCGAUUCGACCUUUUUCGCUCAAGCAGCUGAGGUCACCUCCGAACAAGACGUUCAACGCGUGUCCCGCCAUAUCACAACUCAUCCGCCUGCUGCCGGCGCCUCCCACAACGUCCGCGCCUGGAGAUAUUUAGCGCUCAAAUCGGGACGCAGCGGUCUUGGUGGACCGGACGACUUUCGUGCUGUCACUGGAUGGGAUGACGACGGGGAAAAGUGGGCGGGGUCGCGGGUGGUGAAGUUGUUGGAAAAGUGGCAGGCGGUCGAUGUCUUGGUUGUAGUUUCGAGGUGGUAUGGAGGAACGUUGUUGGGGCCGAUACGGUUUACGCAUAUUGAGAAUGUUGCGAUGGAGUGCUUGAGGAAAGGCGCCUGGGUUGGCCCUCCGGCUCCAGCUGUGCCCCCGCCGUUAUUCGGAGGGAUGUCAGGCCGAGUUCCACCACCAGCAUCACCACAGACAAUGGUGUCGGCCCCACAACAGCCGCAAAACCCUGGGCGCUCCGUUGCCGAAAUUGAGGACGAACUCCGUGCGAAGGAUAAAGUCAUAGCGUCCAUGCGCGACGAGAUCCGCCGUCUCGAGAAUAUCGCACCUUCUCCAAGCGGCGCACCCCCACAGUAUACGGACAUGACACAAAUCAAAGGAGAGCGGCUGCUCAAAGCAAGGGAAAACACCGUAGCAACAUUACAGGCAAAAUUGAAUGUUUUGAACUUCAAACAACCUCAAUCAGCAAAGGACCCACCGUGA